AUGAAGUUCACCCUGGGCCUGGGGUCGCGGGCGUGGAGAGUGUCCUGGGAGGGGGCAGCAGCGGCGGCGGCAGGCCCUGGAGCGGGCGGCAGCGCGCUCGGCGGCCGCUCACAGCGCGUCUCCAGCCCGCGGCUGGGCCGCCGCGGCUCUCGGCUCUCGCGCGCCCUCCCUCUAUGCCUCUCCCGCGGCGGCGGCGGCGCCCAAGCUCUCCCGGACUGCGCCGGGCCCAGCCCCGGCCACCCCGGCCACCCCGGCGCCAGGCAGCUGACCGGCCCGCGCGCUAUGGAGCAGACGUAUGGCGAGGUGAACCAGCUGGGCGGUGUGUUCGUCAACGGCCGCCCCCUGCCCAACGCCAUCCGCUUGCGCAUUGUGGAGCUGGCGCAGCUGGGCAUCAGACCCUGUGACAUCAGUAGGCAGCUCCGCGUAUCCCACGGCUGCGUGAGCAAGAUCCUGGCGCGCUACAACGAGACCGGCUCCAUUCUGCCCGGGGCCAUCGGGGGCAGCAAGCCCCGCGUCACCACUCCCAACGUGGUCAAGCACAUCCGGGACUACAAGCAGGGAGACCCUGGCAUCUUUGCCUGGGAGAUCCGCGACCGGCUGCUGGCCGACGGCGUCUGUGACAAGUACAAUGUGCCCUCGGUGAGCUCCAUCAGCCGCAUCCUGCGCAACAAGAUCGGCAGCCUGGCGCAGCCCGGACCGUACGAGGCAAGUAAGCAGCCGCCGUCGCAGCCUACGCUGCCCUACAACCACAUCUACCAGUACCCCUACCCCAGUCCCGUGUCGCCCACCGGCGCCAAGAUGGGCAGCCACCCCGGGGUCCCGGGCACGGCGGGCCACGUCAGCAUCCCGCGCUCAUGGCCCUCGGCACACUCGGUCAGCAACAUCCUGGGCAUCCGGACGUUUAUGGAGCAAACAGGGGCCCUGGCUGGGAGCGAAGGCACCACUUACUCUCCCAAGAUGGAAGACUGGGCCGGUGUGAACCGCACGGCCUUCCCCGCCACCCCCGCAGUGAAUGGGCUGGAGAAACCUGCCUUAGAGGCAGACAUUAAAUACACUCAGUCGGCCUCUACCCUCUCUGCCGUGGGCGGCUUCCUCCCCGCCUGCGCCUACCCGGCCUCCAACCAGCACGGCGUGUACAGCGCGCCGGGAGGCGGCUACCUCGCCCCAGGCCCGCCGUGGCCGCCGGCGCAAGGCCCUCCGCUGGCGCCCCCCGGGGCCGGCGUAGCUGUGCACGGCGGGGAACUCGCGGCAGCAAUGACCUUCAAGCAUCCCAACCGAGAAGUGGCUGACAGGAAGCCUCCCAGCCCCGGCAGCAAGGCCCCGGACGCCCUCAGUAGCUUACACGGACUGCCCAUCCCGGCCUCGACCUCCUAGGGGCAGCUCUCCCCGGACCCGAGCUUGGAGGGAACGGCAGGCGGACCCGGGCGCACAGGUCUGCGCAGCGGCCCCGGCAAGCUGCGCGGGCAGGACCGGAGGACACGCGGCGGAGGCGGAGGAAGCCAGCGCCGGCCCCCGGGGUGCACGCCCAGCCAGCCCCCAGGCCCAGCCCUGCCUCUGUCCGGACCUACCACACUUCCUUUAUUGGCCUGGGUUUUUAGGCUUCUCUUAACUUUGGCUUUAGACUGUUGCACCCUCCUCACAAUCCUUGCUCUGACGUGGCCUCCCUCGCUCUGCCAGCCUCAAAUUUCUUUUUUUGUCACUCUCUUGUCCGUCUCCGUCUAGCCUCUCUCCCUCUUUCCUUCCUUUCUCUUUCUUUCUCACUCUCCCUCCCUUCCCUUUCUCUUUUCUUUCCUCCCUCCCUUCCACCCCCGGCUUUCCCCGACCUUCCAUGGCUCCCUCUGCCCUUCCACUCUCUUCUCCUUGCUCCGACCUCUGCUCCAGUCCCGCUCCUUCCCCUUCUCCUCUAUCUACUCCUCUAUAUGCUCUCAGCCCUUUUUCCUGGUCCAUGCCCGUCUUUCCCUCUCUCUCUCUUACUCUACUGUCAAGGGCCCCAAUUCCCUUUGUUUUACUGCUUCCCCAACCCUCCCUCAGUCCCUGAGAGCCCUACAGUCAUCUCGGUGACAGUCCCUUCUUUGGCACCUGGGACUUUGUAGCCUUCACUCCUCUGAGACCCCCAGCCCUAAUGGAGGGGAGCUCAAACCUAGGAAGUGGACAGAAAAGCCACAGCCUUUAUUUUAUAUAUAUUUUUUGUAAUAACAAACCCUAAAAAAUCCUCCAUGAACUGUCCUCUGCCUUCGAUCCCCGCAGUAUAUUGUCUGGAAAUCUGUUUUCUCAGAGCCCAGUGGCCGCCGGGCUUCUCUUCCCUUCUGAGAUGAUGUCACCCCAAAGAAGACUGGGAUAGGAGUAGGGAGCACAGGGGUUGUUGGCGUUUUCUGUGCUUAGAAAACUGGAUGUCCUGCAGGUGUCUCCUCCCAUCCCUCCACUCAAAACACUUGCCAGGGAAUCAAACAAAUGGUAAACACAUCAGCACUUUUUGGUGUUCAGGGGUCAGCACAUUUGUUAAUUUAAACCACAAACGGCUUCCAGGUACAAAGGUUCAUUUGGACUUCUGGUUUGCAAGGGAUGAGGGUUAAAAACAAAACAAAACAACCCAGAAAGCGUCUUCUAGAGCCAGCUGCAAAAGCUGUGAACUGCUUCCAAGUUAGGUGAGCUGGUGGUGGGACCCUGGACAUAAUGCAAUUCUGUAGUCACAGCAAUAUCCCUGGCGAGAGCCUGACGUCGCCUGUUAAAGGUGGCUGCCUCUGAAUAAAGGAAAGCGUCUGAAAGGUG